AUGGCAUCUGCUGCAGAUUCAAAGUCCAGAAAUGAUCUCCCAUUCACUGUGUUUGUCAAGUUGGACAGAGACAACUAUCCACUAUGGAAAUCUUUCGUGAUCUCUAUAGUCAAAGGCUGCAGGCUCGAUGGGUACAUGCUAGGGACAAAGGAGUGUUCCGAAAAAUUCAUAGCUUCUACAGAUUCAAGCAAGAAUCCAAAUCCUGCCUUUGAAGAUUGGCAGGCUUAUGAUUCACAACUCCUUGGAUGGUUGAUGAAUUCAAUGACUACUGAAAUGGCAACACAGUUGCUGCAUUGUGAAACCUCAAAACAACUUUGGGAUGAAGCCCAAAGCCUAGCAGGUGCACACACAAGAUCUCGAGUCACUUACCUCAAAUCUGAGUUUCACAGCAUUAGAAAAUGA